CCGAGCAGCGUCAGCGGCAGGGAGACCGAAGUCGGCCGAAGCACUGCGGUGAGCCGAAGGCGCCGAAGGAGAGCCGAGCGACGAGCGAGAGCGAGGCGAGGGCGAGAGCAGUUGCACGCAGGUCGUCCGUUCCGUCAGUUUGGACCGUUUACGCGUGGAAGCGAGUGCUGGAUGAAGUUCGUGUGCGAGUACGAGUGAGACGACGGAAUCCUUCCAGUGGACGCGGGCGGCUUCCCUGUACUCAGAAGAAUCUGUGAGUGUGUCGCCAUGGGGUACUACUGUGACUCCGAGGACUCGCCCACCGUGGUGAUCGUGGACCUGGAGACGACGGGGCUGGACAUCGGCGCCCACGUGAUGCAGGUUGCUGCCAAGUGCGGCCGCUCCAUCUUCAACGCCUACAUUUUGCCAUGGAAACCCAUCUCCCCGCAGGCGGCCCAGAUCACCGGCUUCUCCAGGGCGGGCAUGAACCUGUUCGUGCACGGCGUGCGCAAGAACACGCUGACGGUGCACGACGCGGUGGACCAGUUCAUCAGGUUCCUGCGCUCGAUGGGCGGCAACGUGGUGCUGGUGGCGCACAACGCUUUCAACUUCGACGCCUUCCACCUGCUGCGCCUGGUGUGCUCGGCCGGGCUCUGGGACGAGCUGCACGAGGUGUGCAUCGGCUUCUCGGACACGCUGCCGCUGUACCGCAAGAUGUACCCCUACCUGGGCAACCACGGGCUGGCCCGCCUGCUGCAGGAGUUCGUCCCGGACGAGUACUUCCCCCUGCACAACGCGGUCGGGGAUGUCCGGGCCCUGGACAGGCUCAUCGAGGUCACCGGGCUCUGCGACACAGCCCUCAUAAACUCAAUGCGGCCGCUGGACGAUUUGUACCAGUGUUGAGUUUCUUUAACUCAUCUUUUUCUUUUUUGUUUCUUUUUUUUUUUUGUUGUAAUUUCUUUUUUGGGAAAUUUUAGAGUACUGAGUAUGGUGGAUUUGUGGCUAUUUCUGCCAAGAUUAUUUUUUUUCUACUUGGGUGAUACUCAUUGACAGCUCCUCCUCGGAGCGCUGAAGUAUCUGUUUUUGAGCUCCUGGUUAACUUGAAAGUCUCGGUAAAUUCUAGCAAGUUCCAAUUUCUGAACAAGAAUGCUGUAAUUUUAAUUCUCUGUUGGAUGUUUAACUUGCGUGAUGUAAGGAGAAUAGUAUUAAGUUUUGGUCAUGAUCUAGUUACAAUGUAACUGAAUUUAAUCUACUGUGUUGUAUUUUUAUUUUCAAUCCAUGACGUAAGAUAUCUAAUGUAUUUUCAUUCCAUUAAAUGUGAAUCGAAGUAAC